AUGGACGCCACCUCACGUGGUCUCUGUCGCCAAGUCCAGCUCCGUGAAGGACCGCGCAACGCACCCCAAGAAGGAAAGGGCGAUGCACACUGUGGCUCUGGACCAAAGAGAAGACGAGAUUUGAGAACUCCGCCAGCGCUUAGAGGAGUUAGAGCGCAACCAGAGGAGUUAGAGCGCAACCAGAGAAGCACGGCGCCAGCCGAAGAUUGGCCUGUAACACCACUCAUGCCCAGAGAUACGGAGAAGUAUAUCAACGCAAAAGAAGUGCAGACACAACUACGGGAUGAGGAAGAGAGACCUGACAAGAGGAGGAGAGAUACAGAGGAGCGAAAGCCAGAAAGAUCAGACCGGGACCAUAAGAGGCAAGACCACAGACCCGACCGCAGACCACGGACACCCCCACCAACCUAUUGGAACUUCACGCUGCUCAAUAUGCCACGGUCUGAAGUCCUGAUGCAAAUCCGCGAUCGUAACUACAUUCGUUGGCCCGAGAAGAUGAAAACACAAAGCAACAAGAGGAAUCGCGAAAAAUAUUGCGAGUUCCAUAGAGAUCAUGGCCACGACACGAAGAACUGCUUUGACCUGCGCAAGCACAUUGAAGACCUAAUCAGGCGCGGAUUCAUCAAGAGUGAAAUCGCCGCAAGAGGGGAGAGUAGCUCAGGGCGCAAGAAGUAUGCGCGACUAUGCGAGAUCGACAACCGAGGGCACAAGAAGAAGCGCGGCCAGACCAUCACUUUCACCGACGAUGACCUCCAGUGGGUUCAGACCCCGCAUGAUGACGCCUUGGUCAUCACGGUCAAGGUGGCCAAGCUCGAGAUAAGAUGGAUCCUGGUUGACACGGGUAGCUCCACCGAUGUACUCUUCGAGGACGCGUUUGAAAAGUUCGGCAUCAACAAAGAGUGCCUCACCCCCGUCAACACUCCCCUAAUGGGCUUCUCUGGGGAGUCCCUCCUGCCCACUGGGAGGAUAACUCUUCCCCUACUGAUUGGAGACAGUGACGUUACUACGAGGACCAUGGUGGACUUCACUGUGGUUCGUUGCCCCUCUUCAUACAAUGCCAUCCUUGGUAGGCCGACCCUUAAUGCUCUGCAAGCUGCAGUCUCCACAUUCCAUCUCGCUAUGAAGUUCCCCACUGAAUAA